AUGAGCGACAUUGUGGAGAAGACGCUGACGGCGCUGCCGGGACUCUUCCUGCAGAACCAGCCGGCUGGAGGGCCCGCGGCCGCCAAGGCAUCCUUCUCCUCGCGGCUGGGCGGCUUAAUCCGCGGUAUCACCGCGCUCACCUCCAAGCACGAAGAAGAGAAAUUAAUCCAGCAGGAAUUGAGUAAUCUGAAAGCAACUGUUUCUGCUCCUACUACAACACUGAAAAUGAUGAAGGAAUGUAUGGUGAGACUUAUAUAUUGUGAAAUGCUUGGAUAUGAUGCUUCCUUUGGCUAUAUACAUGCAAUCAAGUUAGCCCAACAAGGAAACCUCUUAGAAAAAAGAGUAGGUUAUUUGGCUGUUUCUUUAUUUCUACAUGAAAAUCAUGAACUGUUGCUUCUCCUUGUGAAUACAGUUGUAAAGGACUUACAGAGCACAAACCUGGUAGAAGUAUGUAUGGCACUUACUAUUGUCAGCCAGAUUUUUCCUCGAGAAAUGAUUCCAGCUGUUCUUCCAUUAAUAGAAGAUAAACUUCAACAUUCUAAGGAGAUUAUACGAAGAAAAGCUGUUCUGGCAUUGUACAAAUUCCAUCUCAUUGCUCCAAAUCAAGUACAACAUAUCCACAUUAAGUUUCGGAAAGCACUUUGUGACAGAGAUGUUGGGGUCAUGGCUGCUUCCUUGCACAUAUACCUUAGGAUGAUUAAGGAGAAUUCAUCUGGAUACAAAGACUUGACUGGGAGUUUUGUAACAAUUUUGAAGCAAGUAGUUGGAGGAAAGCUCCCGGUAGAUUUCAAUUACCACAGUGUGCCAGCACCCUGGUUACAAAUUCAGCUCUUGAGAAUACUAGGACUUCUAGGAAAAGAUGAUCAAAGGACAAGUGAAUUAAUGUAUGAUGUUCUUGAUGAAUCCUUACGAAGAGCCGAGUUAAAUCACAAUGUCACAUAUGCUAUUCUAUUUGAAUGUGUGCAUACAAUCUAUUCUAUUUAUCCAAAAUCAGAAUUACUUGAGAAGGCUGCCAAGUGCAUUGGAAAAUUUGUUCUGUCACCUAAAAUAAAUCUCAAAUAUUUAGGACUGAAGGCUCUUACCUAUGUUAUCCAACAGGAUCCUGCUCUGGCUCUUCAACACCAGAUGACAAUAAUUGAAUGUUUAGACCAUCCUGAUCCCAUUAUUAAAAGAGAGACUCUGGAACUUCUUUACAGAAUUUCUAAUGCUCAGAAUAUAAGAGUUAUUGUCCAGAAAAUGCUUGAAUAUUUACAUCAGAGCAAAGAAGAGUAUAUUAUCGUCAAUUUGGUUGGCAAAAUAGCUGAGCUGGCGGAAAAAUAUGCUCCCGAUAAUGCGUGGUUUAUUCAGACAAUGAAUGCUGUGUUUUCUGUGGGAGGAGAUGUAAUGCAUCCUGAUAUUCCUAAUAACUUUCUGAGACUGCUAGCAGAAGGCUUUGAUGAUGAAACAGAAGAUCAACAAUUAAGACUCUAUGCAGUUCAGUCUUAUCUCGCUUUACUAGAUGUGGAAAAUGUGUUCUAUCCACAGAGAUUUCUUCAAGUUAUGAGCUGGGUGUUAGGGGAGUAUUCCUACCUGUUAGAUAAGCAAACACCAGAAGAAGUUAUAAACAAGCUCUACAAGUUACUUAUAAAUGACUCCGUUUCUUCAGAAACAAAAACCUGGUUAAUUGCCGCUGUCACCAAGUUGACACCCCAAGCACAUUCUUCUAAUAUAGUCGAAAGAGUAAUCCAAGAAUUUACCAUAUCUUUGGAUACUUGUAUGAGACAGCAUGCAUUUGAAUUAAAACAUUUGCACGAGAAUGUGGAACUUAUGAAGAGCUUGCUCCCAGUUGAUAAGAGUUGUGAAGACAUGGUGGUAGAUGCUUCUUUAUCUUUUCUGGAUGGUUUUGUGGCUGAAGGACUCAGUCAGGGGGUAGCACCUUACAAACCUCACCACCAACGGCAGGAGGAAAAGCUUUCUCAGGAAAAAGUUCUCAAUUUUGAACCAUAUGGACUCUCCUUUUCUUCAUCUGGCUUCACUGGACGACAGUCUCCUGCUGGCAUCUCUCUUGGUUCAGAUAUAUCUGGGAAUAGUGCUGAGACAGGGCUGAAAGAGACAAAUAGCUUGAAGCUGGAAGGUAUAAAGAAAUUGUGGGGGAAGGAGGGCUAUCUUCCCAAGAAGGAGAGCAAAACUGGUGAAGAAACUGAAGCUCUGCCUGUUCCUCAAGAGAGUAUAAUGGAGAGUGUAGAUCAAGCUAAAACAAAAAAGGAUCAGUGUCAAGUGCUUACCCAAUCUAAAGAAGAGAAAGAAAAGCAGCUGCUGGCAUCAUCAUUAUUUGUUGGACUAGGAUCAGAAAGCACUAUCAAUUUGCUGGGAAAAGCAGAUACUGUCUCUCACAAGUUCAGAAGGAAAUCAAAAGUCAAGGAAACCAAAAGUGGAGAAACAGCCCAUUCUCACAGUAUGACCUGUUCUUCUGUUAGUUCUUUGUCAAAUGUGGCAUAUGAUGAAGAUUAUUAUUUGAAUACUUUACAGGAUAGAGGAGACAAGGAACUAAAGAAAUUUUCUCUCAGUUUGGAACUUUUGGAUUCUGAGCCUCUCACAGAACUACCCUUGGUUGAGAAACUCUCAAAUUGCAACCUGUCUGCACCUUCUUUGUUUGCUGAUAAUGAUAUGGAAAUUUUUCACCCUCCUCAAUCUACUGCAGUCUCAGUUGCCAAGGAAAUGUCUUUAGCUUCUUCUUUGUUGGAAGAAACUACUGAAUACAUACAUUCAAAUCUUAUGGAGGUCUCUAAUAAUGAAACCAUAUCACUGUUUUCUUACAAAAUUUGGAAAGAUGAUUGUUUAUUGAUGGUCUGGUCAAUCACUAAUAAGAGUGGUUUGGAACUGAAAAGUGCUAACUUAGAAAUUUUUCCUGCAGAAAAUUUCAAGAUCACUGAGCAGCUGGGAUGCUGUUUGCCUGUAAUGGAAGCAGAAGGCACCAAAAACUUUCAAUAUAGUGUGCAGAUGGAAAAACCUUUUACAGAAGAGAAUCUUUCUGGUUUUAUAAAUUAUCAAAUGAUGGAUACUCAUUCUGUUCAAAUGGAAUUUUCCAUAAACUUAUCACUGUUAGAUUUCAUUAGACCAUUAAAAAUCUCAACUGAAGACUUUGGAAAACUCUGGUUAUCCUUUGCAAAUGAUGUGAAGCAAAAUGUGAAAAUGUCAGAAUCUCAAGCCACGUUGCCUUCUGCCUUGAAGACUCUGCAACAGAAACUAAGACUUCAUGUUGUUGAAAUUAUAGGCAAUGAAGGGCUAUUGGCCUGUCAGCUUCUCCCAUCCAUCCCGUGCUUACUGCAUUGCCGAGUUCAUGCUGACUUAUUAGCCUUAUGGUUUAGAUCUUCCUGCUCUACUCUUCCUGACUAUUUACUUCAUCAGUGUCAAAAGGUGGUGGAGGGAUCCUAGCAGAAGCUCUGCUUAAUUUUACUCCAUCAAGAUAAAUGGUUUACAUAGAUAAACUUAUUUACCAAAGUGGAAAGAACUCAUGGUACUUCUAGUGAAAGUGGGGAUUAUUACAAGUUAUGAUUUAUGUGUUUUCUUUAUGAUUCUUGGUCAAGAAAGAUCCCCAAGAAACUGUGUCCCUAACCUUUUACUCAGGAUUGUACAGUAUGUUUGGGCCCCAAAAAAGUGACCUAAGCUAAUGUUAUAAACUGCUAAUGGUUUAUAUAGCAAAUGGUUUAUAUAGCACUUAGUGUAGAUGGACUGAAAAUAUUUAUUUUGUUAUAAAUAAUUUUAUAACAAGUUUACUCUAGUGCUAGCUAAUCUGUAGUAAAGCCAAGUCUCAGUUCUCUGCGUUAAUGGAAGGGAGACAUGAAAUUGAUAAUCUGAAACCUAAUUCAUAUUUGCUUUGGAAUACAGUGUAUAUUUCUUGGUAGGCAAGACAACACUUUCAAUUAUGUUUUGCUUAGAUUGGUGUUGCGCUAAGUCGGCAUAGCACACACUAACAGUUGUAGGAGAUUCAUGAGCGUGCUGGAUAUUGGGGAGUCCAAUAUGUGGUAUAUUUUUUAUUACAGAUAACUUGUUAUGCAUAAUUCCAGAUAAUUUGGCUAUAAAAUGUAUCUGUUUUUCACUUGCAAGUAUUAUAAAAUUCACAGUGAAUCACCGUAUUCUUAUUUUAAAAACUCAGAGCCAUUUACAAAAUAUUGUCAUAUAGAAUCAAAACACAUAAGAACCCACAGUACCAAAGCAAGCAGAUAUAAGAGGAUGACAAAUUUAAAAGUGUGAUUGGAGUAUAAAUAGUAAAACUAUCUUUCCUGGCCUUUGAAUCCAUUAGCACUCAAUGGAUAUAGCUGAGGCAGUGAUUAAGUAUGCCAUACAGGUUCUUCAGUAAAAUAUAUCAUUUUCAUGUUAUAGUUAUGCCUAUAUUGCCUCUGUCAGAACUAUUAUCAGUAAAAGAAGAGGUUAAUCCUAAUAUGGAUGAUGGACCAAAAUCUUGGGAUUGUACAUUAACUGAAAUAGUAUUUUAUAAAACCUUAUGGUGCUGUGGAAAAUAUUUUAUUAUUUCACUUUUUCUGACACUUUGCCAUGGAGACUAUUCAGGUAAUACAGUUUUAAGUCAUUGCAGUUAAUACUUUGGUUAAUUGGUACCGUUUAUCACCCAGGUCAGGAAUUCUGGUUUUAGUUUAUCUCAUCAAUCACAGCUGAUCAAGAUGCUAAGGGGAUUCCCCUGACCUAAUAGAUUUCGUUACUCAUUUGUGUCUAGAGUAUUUCCCUCCCUAAAAACAAAAGCAGUGUUUUGUUUUGUUUUUUCUUGAUUAAUUUUUAAGUUAUUCAAUAAAAAGAAUUAACAUCUUAUUAAUUUCAUUCUCUUAAAAACGUACAGUAAAACCUUACUAUAAGAGCAAUAAGUGACUGGAAUUUCCUAUAUAAUAGGUUCCUCCUUUUGAAUAGAAAAUCAGAUUCAUCCUUAGGCUCCCAGCAGUAUCAUGAUGAAGGGAAUGUGCUGACUUUGGUGGUGUGGUGGACACUGGUAUCUAGUAGCCUCAUCAGCUUCCUCUUUAUUCCUACCUCUGUCAGCAGCAUCUGCUGCCCCUUAUCUGACUCAGCUGUUAUUCUGACAAAGAGAGAGGAAGUGCCCUCUCACUUUGCAAAGGAGUGCAGCGUAUGGUAGAGGAGGUGUUCCAGCUUUUUGUGUUCUUACUUCCAUGUGUUUACAUGCUCACUGAGGCUGAGUCGAGUGUGGUACCAUAGGUUCAGGAUGCCUAGCAUGCACAUGGACAGCUACUAGGGAGAUAUUACAAAGGGCUUUCUGUUCCUUUGUUAGAAUGUGUUCAUGAGUAGCAGCAGCAGUUGUCAUGAGCGACAUGCUUGACAUACAGAGCUGUCUAAUGGUGGGAGAGGUGUAAUGGUAGAUUUAAAGUUGGUAGCAUGAUUUUGGGUCUGCCAAAGGGAAUAUGUCACUUUUGUUCUUUCUGAACCUACUAAAUAAAAGUAGGGUAACAGAGUUUCUACUGAAAUGUUUAGUAGAAUGUUUACAAUUUUUAUAUUUUUAUGAUUUUAAAAACAAACAAUAAUAGAAAAGAGUAAAUUUUAAGGAACUUCAGGACAGAAUGUAUUCUGCCUAAAUUCAUUGAAUGUUUUAAGUUUAAAUCACGCAUCACCAACCUUUUUUGCAUUGUUGGAGUUGUGACUAUUAAGUAGGGAGAAUGAUAUUUAUGGGUAGAUUCCUUCUUUUUACCUUAUAGCCAUAAUUUAGUCAGUGAAGGACAACAUCUGGGUCAGCGCUGUGGGGGCAUGCUCCUCCGUGUGAGUUUUGUGCCAGGCAUUUUUGCUGAGAAUGGAGAGGGUAGCAAGUGUGAAUCUGGGGGAAAAUAAGGGAAGACAGGAAAGCCUUAGGAGCAGGUAGAGGAAGAAGGGUCAGGUUCCCACCUGUGAAGUAAAGGAGGUGAGAGGCUCCUCAGGGUUUGAUAGUAGGCCCCAAGUAAGUGUCCUCCUAGAGAAACUGCAGAUGGAAGCUGAGCAGUUACCAAGUACUAAUGUGCCAAGCAUACCAAGCAUAGCGUGUGCUCUGCAGAGGAACCUUAUUUUAAAGAAUAUUCUACUGUCAUCUACCAAAAGAAUUGUGGUAUAAGUGCAGUAUUUUAUUUUUUUCCUUUAUUGUAUUUUAUGUCAAUAAUAUUUUAAAAUGUUGAACUAUUUGUCUUAUGUCUUCAUGGAUAAAUGUAGUUUUUGUCUUAUGAUUGUGAGCCACUGAAAGUGCACUGAACCUAUUCACGUGUCAUUAUAGAUGUUUUGCUGUGUUAAAGUUUUAGGAGAGAAUAUGCAAGUGAAUAACAAUUUAAUAGUCAUUUAUUACCUUAUUU